AUGCUCAAUUGUCAAGUAAGCGACGAAAUUAUCAAAUCUUAUGAAGAAAUGAGAAUGGGAAAGGGUGCCAACAAGGAUAAAAAGUUCCUAGUCUUGAAAAUGCAUGAAAAUUCCAUUCAAAUCGAUCAAGAAUUAACUAAACUCUCCUCAUUGGACGAAUUGACCGCCAAUCUCCCUCCAAAAAACACUCGUUUCAUUUGUUAUCAUUUGAGUUUCGAAAUGCCAACUCAAAACGAAAACAGUGGUAUCAGAGAAGGAACCAGAACCAAAAUGAUGUUUCUCACUUGGUGUCCAAACGAAACUAAAGUUAAGGAAAAGUUUCAGGUUGCAGCCACAGUCAAAACUGUUAAGGAAAAAUUGAAUGGAUUGAGUGCAACGAUUCAUUGCUCUGUGAAGGGUGAAAUUGAUGAAAAAUUAAUGAUUGAAAAGUGUUUAACUUUUAUGAAAUAG